UGUCCAAGGCGCGCAUUAAAGGCAGGAGCUGAUUGAUUUGGCUUUUGUGAGCUUUAUACCAGGCACCGGUUAGUUUAUCAGUGAAAACUGCUUAUUUCUCAGCUCUAUAUAUCAGUUUAAUUCUAUUUCAUCUCAGUUUGUUGUUGGAGAGCACCUGCCCCGAGGAUACAGCGGCACAUCCGUCUCCUCACUGCGGAAUCGAGAGUUGGACGACCCAGCUGCGCAGGAGAGCUCCCCUGCGAAACGCGUCAUGGGAACGGGGAGAAUCACUGCCGCUUUUUGCAUGCACACCUGAGGACUUUGUGGAUUACAAUUACAGCAUUGUUAAAAAUAACACUAUUUGAUCGACUGUCUUAAAGAAGAAACUUUUUCAGCAGUCAGACGGAAUUAUAAGCUUCCACACGAACUUUGUGACUCUGUUUCUAACACGGUUUGGAUUUCGGUGAAGAGCUGGCACGAUGGUCUCAUCCUGCGUCCUCAAAACACUCGCUGUCAUUUUGUGCUGUUCAUCACUCAGCAGUGGACAUUCGGAGAGGGAGCACUCACCUAAGAUUCAACCGUCUGACAAUCCUCUUCUUCAUCGCAAGGAUGAAUCAUUAAACCUCAUAUGCAGAGGUCAUGGCCAGUUGAACUGGACUCUUCCUGAUUCCAAUCGGUCACUCUCAUCAGGGCAGGUGAAGGUGGAGCAGUGUGAUUCCAGAGGACAUCCUCACUCUCACUGCAGCAAACUGACAGUCACACACCUGGAAGCUGUCGACACGGGCAGGUACAUCUGUCAGUACACCAAAGAUGGUUUGGACCACGUCGCCUCCACCUAUGUCUAUGUCCGAGAUGAUGAGGAACCAUUUGUGAAUCCCCACUAUAAGACAUAUGGCUUCCUGGGGAUCUACAGGCAUGAGACUAGCCUUGUGAUCCCCUGCAGGACUACCUCUCCUGAUACUGUUGUGACACUAACAGGGGUCCCAAAUUUAUCAGAGAAGAUGGUCAGGGAAAUGGAAUGGAACCCUGAGGUGGGGUUCAAGAUUCCCUAUGAACCCGAUUCUCAUUUUUAUAUGCUCUCCUGUAAGACCAUGGUCAACGGUCGUGAGCUCAAAUCCAUGUAUAUCCCUCAUAGACUGACUGAUAAACUUAAUAAUGUAAAAAUCACCCCUGAGCGUGUCAGAGUGUUGGUUGGGGAUACCCUCCUCCUCAAUUGUACUGGUGAGACCACCCAUAACGGAAGAAUAAACUUCACAUGGGAUUUUCCAAAGAAGAGGGAAAUGAGGCAUCACACAGAUAAGACCGUAAACAAAUCUACCAAAGUUUAUGUGAUGAGCAAGUCUCUAGAGUUGCCGAACAUUACAAUGGAGGAUAAAGGGCUGUAUCGCUGCAGAGCUGAGCUUCAACCUAAAGUAUACAAAAAUGCCUCUGCAAAGGUUAUUGUCUAUGAGCAUCCAUUCCUCAACAUCUCCUACAGACAUGAGAGACCAAAUACAGUAGUUGUCAAAGAAGGUCGAAAAAAACUUGUGCUCGAGCCUAAGGUCAACGCUCUCCCGCCACCAGACAUGUUAGCAUGGUACAAGGAUGGGGUCUCUAUCAAGAAGAAUUCCACCUGUUACAGGAUGUCUGGUUUCAGCUUGAUCAUCACAGAUGUGCAGCAGAAGCAUGCUGGGGUCUUCACCAUAAGCCUGGGCAACCAAGCCAGGGGCUUGUACAGGAAUCUGAGCUACACUCUGGUAGUCGACAUGAAGCCAAGAAUUUCAGAGGCGGAGCUCGCCAACAUGGACCUGCAACCCUACGUGCUUGGCAGACCUCACCAGCUAACCUGCACAGCUUCCGGGCUUCCUUUGCCAAACAUCACAUGGCUCUGGCAACCUUGUCACUCAGGACCGACUCUUAAAGACUGUAUUGACACCAAGCCAAUCAUGGUUGAAGUUGGUGAAAAAGGAAAUAACUCCCACAAUUUAAUAAAGAGCAUAAACACCAUACAAGAACUUAUCAAAGACAAAAACAAGACUAUGAGCACUCUGGUGAUAGGAGAGGCCAGAGCAUCAGGAAAAUACACCUGUUUGGCCCAGAAUGAAGAUGGCAGGAGCACCUUUGUGACCCCAUUCUAUGUUUACGAUCAUCCUGAAGAAAUCACCACUGAACCUUGGACAGCCAUUGAGGGAGAAGACGUCAAUCUGACCUGUCAAGCAGCCCGCUACCUCUACACAGACCUGCAGUGGUUGGAUUCCAAGAAUCAAACAGUGACUUCCAAUGUGUCUGGUCUGCAGCUCAGUCGUUACUCCAUUUCUCUCUCCCUCCAUCUGCAUAAUGUGUCCCAAAACAGCACUACAGGUUACACAUGCCGAGGAGUCAAGCUGGAGAAGAAGGUUGAACUCAAACCGGCUAAAAUUAAUGUGGAGGCGAGAACGCGCCCCUGGCUGAGUCAAAAUCUGACUAAUCAAGAUGUGAAUAGUAGCAGCACCCUCACGCUGGCUUGUUUGGCUCUUGGAGUUCCUCGUCCCUACAUCUUUUGGUACAAAAAUGGUGUUCCAGUAAAUAAAGGACCAGGUAUCACACUCAAAGAGGAUGGGCUUCUGAUCAUCGAAAGGGUGAAGAAAGAUGAUGAAGGACUGUAUGAAUGUGUCGCCAGCAAUGUGGAGGGCAUGGCCAAAACAAGUGCUGUUGUCACUGUGCUCAGCGAAGAAGGGAAGCCAAACAUUGAGGUAAUCAUUUUGGCGUGCACUGGGGCUGCAGCCACGUUCCUUUGGCUCAUGCUUGUCCUCUUCAUCCGCAAGCUGAGGAAGCAACCAGCACACUAUAAGAUGGGUCCAUCUAUCAUUAUUGACCCAGACGAGUGUCCCCUGGACGAGCAGAACGAUCUUCUUCAGUAUGAUAGCAGCAAGUGGGAGUUCCCCCGUGAUCGCCUGCGACUAGGCAAAACUCUCGGACACGGAGCUUUUGGGAAAGUAGUAGAGGCUUCAGCCUUUGGGAUUGACAAGCUUUCAACCUGCAAGACUGUUGCUGUGAAAAUGCUGAAAGGAGGAGCAACAUCAAACGAACGGAAAGCUCUGAUGUCGGAGUUAAAGAUCUUGAUUCACAUCGGUCAUCACCUGAAUGUGGUCAACCUGCUGGGAGCCUGCACCAAACCUGGAGGCCCCUUAAUGAUGAUAGUGGAAUUCUGCAAAUAUGGAAACUUGUCCAACUACCUGAGAAGCAAAAGAGAAGACUUCAUCGUCUACAAGAGCCAGGACGGUAAGGUGGUGUCAUCGGGAUCGGGCUGUGAACUGAGCGAGCUGAUGAAGCGCCGCUUGGAGAGUGUAGCCAGCACUGGAAGCUCUGCCAGCUCUGGCUUCAUAGAAGAUAAGAGUUACUGCGACUCAGAGGAAGAGGAAGAAGAAUCUGAGGAUUUAUACAAGAGAGUCUUGACACUGGAAGAUUUAAUUUGCUACAGUUUCCAAGUAGCGAAAGGCAUGGAGUUCUUGGCCUCACGCAAGUGCAUUCAUCGUGAUUUGGCUGCAAGAAAUAUCCUUCUCUCGGAGAAUAAUGUUGUGAAGAUUUGUGAUUUUGGACUUGCCAGAGACGUCUAUAAAGACCCAGAUUAUGUCCGGAAAGGAGAUGCGAGACUGCCACUUAAGUGGAUGGCACCUGAGGCCAUUUUUGACAAAGUCUACACAACUCAGAGUGAUGUUUGGUCCUUUGGUGUUCUCAUGUGGGAGAUCUUCUCUCUGGGUGCCUCACCAUACCCUGGUGUCCAGAUUGAUGAGGAAUUUUGUUGCCGACUGAAAGAGGGGACUCGGAUGAGAGCACCGGAGUACUCCUCCUCUGAAAUAUAUCAGACCAUGCUGGACUGCUGGCAGGGGGAGCCACGGGAUAGACCAACCUUCACUGAGCUGGUGGAAAGACUAGGAGACCUUCUUCAGGCCAGCGUGCAACAGGAGGGGAAACACUACAUCCCUAUAAACACAGCCCUGCUGGCAAAGGUGGGAGAUCCGGCCACCACGGUGCCAUCAGAAGAGACGCCAACAAGACCUGUUUCCCACCGCGACUCAGGGAAUACCUGGAACAUUAAGAUCCGUCCUGCGAGUGUGAAAACCUUUGACGAGGUGACCAUGGAGAAUGGGACAGAUGAGAGACAUGAGGGCGGUCAGUCAGACAGUGGGAUGGGCCUCUCAUCUGACAACAUGGAGACUCUGAAGCGCCUGGAGUCACUGGCAGGCCGACCUCUGAGCAUCAUGGCCCUGGCGAUGAAGGCGGUCAGUAAGAGUAAAGAGUCUGUGCUGAGCGACUCAGACAAGGAGAAGCUCCCGCCCACAGUCCCUAAUCUGGACUUCAGUCUGGACGAUUCUGUGCUGGACGACUCAGCCCUGGAGUGUCACAGCCCGCCACCUGACUACAACUAUGUGGUGCGUUACUCCACCCCACCUGUGUAACCUCCUGCUUCACCUCCCAAAAACAUCAGGCAGACGGCCUUCAGGCCUCAGCUUUGUUCCUCUCCUGUUUUGACUCUUAUCUUUGGACUGUUGUGAAGAGGAGUUCAAGAGGAAACGCACAAGAUGUCCUUGAAAACAACCAUCAAUCAGCUCGACCGUUACUUCUGCAUCAUCCAGCUUGUGGCCUCAGUGGGAAACCUGCAGUCUGUUGAUUCCUCUCCAGUUUUCAGAUGCAGGCUGAUUUUAAUGCUGCUGGUCCUUCCAACAUUCACCGUGAUUUAUCAAACAAGUGAAAACUGACUCAGGUAUUUCUGUAACUACUGUGAAAAAAGAAACACAAUGAUUCCCACUGAAACAGGCCUGUAAUAAACUUCAACAUCUGGUGAUGAAGAAUGACAUUAAGAAGGGAAAGAGAGGAACUGAAAGUAAAAUUUGAAGUAAGGGAUGUUAAAAGAUUAUAAAGAUUUUUUUUUUUCAAUGUGGCUCUUUGGCCAUAAAGGGCGCACUCAGGCUCACCAUGCCAAAGCAGGAUUGUCCCCCCGUGGCUCCCCCUGAACUCACAAUGCUCCAAGCUCAAGCAGACCUGAGCACAGUACAUGUACAGACUUCAUCUCAGAGUCAGUACAACACAGAGAAGGAACAUGACAGCGACUUUCCCGGCUUUGUGGCUUAUUUUUGAGUCAUUUUAUUCCGAUACAGCCCUGCAACACUCCUCAAUUUCUCUAUGCAAAUAUUUUUUUCUGAUUAUGCAAGGAGUUGCAUCGAUUCACUUCAGUUUAUACGUGACUUUCAUGUUGCAUGCCCGUGCUUGUGUGCAGCCGUACCGUGUUGAAGCACAUCUAUUCCAUCCAUUCAAAAGCCAAAAAAGUCACAGACCAAAGGUCAAACAAAGCAGACUUUCAGGGGGAUCAGAUAUGCUCAGGCACAGUACAGAUCACCUAGUAUGAGUGCGCCCUAAGGUUAGGCUAAAGAUUUUACUGAAAUUAAAUGAACGAUAAUAUUAGAAAUAUUGAUUGUAGUUUUUGAAGUCCAUCUCAUGAAGUGCUCCUGUAAUGAAAGGAUAAGCUUGACUCAGGUUGACCCUGGAGCGCUCUGUUACGUUUUAAAGCUCUCCAGACUAUUCAAAAUCACAGGUGAAUGGAGGAGGAUAGAGAGUGGAGCUGCGAUCAUGAAAACUUUUUUGUUAAAUAGGGAUGCACUAUAACAUAUAAUAGGUAUCUCCAGUGUAGAGUGGGGCUGAGUCAAGCAGAGCUGAGAGGACCAGGGAAGUAGGCAGUCUGGGAGUUAGUGUGCUUGGGGCUUGUUUAAAAUAUUCAGGACUCAUGGCGGACCUCCUUAUGUGUGUGGCGCCCUACGCAACCACCUAUUCCUGAUGGUACAUUUGUACAUUUUGCUGAUAUUUGAGGCCGAUAAAUGAUUCAUACUGUUACAGUAUAUAGUAUAUACACAGUAUAUACAGUAUAUACAAUAUUUACAGCCGGUUUAUGCGCUGUAAACAUCAGCAGAAAUAUUCAUGUCUACCAAUACUGAUAUUCAGCUUUUUAAGCUAAUAUCUGCCAAUGCUGAUAUCAUAAAAGAUGCUAAUACAUGUCAAGUCCUCCCCUGAUGAAGCUCAAACUGUUUUUUCAUUUUUGAAGUGAGAAGAGAGCCCAAUGUGUUCACUUUCUUCUGUAAAAAUAAAGUUAAAAUCUAGAAUUUCAUCGGACCAGAUACUUCGUAAUGCUUUUAUAGAGAAAAGUAUACAGCAGUGGUUCUCAACUGGUGGGUUGGGAUCCAAAAAAGGGUUGCGAACAUGUGCCUGAAAAAACUGUGGCAUAAAGCUCAUGAUGAAUGGAUGGCAUGCAUCCAUUCAUUUUAUUUUACUUUGAUAUUUCCCUGAUAGCAAGUACAUUUUGGUUGUUUUCUCAAGAUCUUAACUUAUUUAAUUCGUUUUCUGGGGGAAAGAAAACUGGUUUUCUCCUCGCUAAUUUCUUAAAAUAUCAAGAAAACAACCAAAAUAUACAUUUUACCAUGGAGAUUAGAACAAAAUACAAUGUAUUCAUGCAUGUCAUUUUCUAUAAUCAAACGCUUGUCCUGUCUUUUUCUCAGUCAUGUUUUGUCCAUAUAUGGUAAACUUCCUGAUUCUUUGGGAAUUUAAUUGAAGUUGUUGAAAAUAUUUCAGGAAUUUGGGUUCUUAAUUGUUAAAAGGUGGUGGGUCAUGGGCUAGACCAGUCAAGAACCACUGACUUAGACUGUAAACACUGCAACUAGUAAAUCCAUUUUAUAUAUGUUGUUCAUUUUAAGUCAGCUAAGGUCUUCCGGGUCAUUCUUACAUCAACAUACAUUGUCCGUGAUCUUUCCCUCCGUGUGUGUUGUUCAUGCUACUGUAUUCACUUCCAGUAAAGCAGAGGCAUGGUCCUCCUGCAGAAACAUGCACGUUCACAUCUGUCUUGCAAAGUGUUGGUAAAGCUUGCAGGGCGGGCUUAGAGAAACCUCUCUGUGUGCAAAGAUAGCAUUUCUCUGCUCUGGUCCGGAUUAAAUAUUUGUUUAAAAUCUCCUUUCUUUACAGUGUUUAAGGCAUUUUAUGAUGUAUUAAAAACCUGUGGACCAAACAUUCAUCCACACACCUCGUAGAAAUCCACUGAAGAAACAAAGAUAGCUGUAUUUACAGUGAGGAAACUACAGUAUAAAGUGGAUAUAAUGAAGCCCUGUGUGUUUUCAAAGUGAUGUUUAUUUUUGACCAGUUUUUCUUGUCAAUGUUGAGAGGAAGUGAUGAUGCACUGAUAAUUUUGAUCAAGUAUAUUUUUUGUAUUCUAAAGGUUUAUUAUUGUAAACAGUGUUGAGGGUCUCAUUUUACAAAGAUUUUUUUUAUGUAUUUUGCAUUUUUAUUUAACUUUAACUAUAGUACAUAGGCUAUUAACAUUUGCAGUAUUUGAUGUUUUGUAUUUGAUAUUUCUUGACAGCCUGAUAAUAUCAUCUACUAUGUUUGCAUUUUAAUCAGUAUGCUCUUAAAUUCCAUUGUUACUGCUAUCACAAUAAUAAGUAGAGAAAUGUAGGUUGAGUUUUUUGCAUUUCAUUAUGUAUAAUCACAACUAACACAACCUGCAGCAGCCAGAAUAUCCUCAUACCUUUCUCUGUUUGUAGAUGUAGAGCAACAAGUUAGAUGUAAUGAAAGUAAUGUUCCCCAACACUGUAAACUGAGCAUAUGAAGUUCAUAAAUGAAUAAAGAUCUAUAUAUUUAUACAUUA